UUAACGUCGACCAGCCGAAAUAGACCGAACUCCGAUUCGCGGAUAUACGGGGAUUCGGCAAGGUUGGUCCUCAUCUCGUCACGACGGAACAAACGAGGACGGACAAACGGGGGGACAGAGAUUAAAUACUCCCACGGAGCUGGCGAGCUCUCAGUAUCUGGAUACGCCGCUUCCUUUGCAGAUUACUGCAGUUCUGACCCGACGACGACUUCCAACUCCAGGGCAUUACAAGAGCCGCGACAUGCGGAUACCACGUAAAUUGUUCUCGCCGAACUUGGCAGUAUUGGUGCUGGUGUGGAGCGGUGGGAUUGUUGCACUUCCGACCGAAGCAGGCGAUAACGAAACAAUUUCUUUAAACGCAACUUCGGUGGAAGCUCCUUGUCCUGGAAUACCGAGAAGCUAUUACGAGGAACUGGACUGCAAACCAGUGUUCAAGAAACCCGAGGACAAAUGCCCCGUUCGUUAUACGUGCGAUAAUUUCGAGAAAAGCGAUGCGGAGAUGUGCUUCUUCCGCGGGAAAGCCGUGGCGCCUGGUGCCAGCAUCGAUACCGGAAACCCCUGCGAUAUUGGCUGCUCUUGUCAUCUGGAGGAACCAUCCCCUGAAUACAAUCUCACAAAAAUGGCCGUCGUUAAUUGCGCAAUUGUCGAUUGUCCGCUAGAGAUGAUGUCCAGUUACGACGAAGACGGAAAUUUGAAGCCCUGCGUACCGAAAAAGAAUCACGACGAAUGCUGCGCCAGCGAAACUGUCUGCUUUGCGGACGCCGAAGACCAGGUUGAUAACAGUACAGUAAAAAUAUCCGUGGGAGAAGGUAAAGAGAUUGAGGUCGGAAAUACGACCGCCCAAGUACCGAAGAAGUUGGCAAUUUGUUUAACUGCCGAUAACAAAACUUACGUCGAAGGUCAAGAAUUUUAUCUAGACGACCUGCCCUGUAAGGUCUGCAUCUGUCAGCCCGGAUACACAGCCGGCGAGUCCGGAGAACCGUGGUGCCGGGAUGUUCGUUGUGGAACGGUCUUGGAGCAUACGAGGGAAAUUCGACAAGGAUGUGUUCCUCUCUACUACGGCAACACCCGCUGCUGUCCCAUCGGUUUCCAUUGCCCGAAUGCAAACGACACCGUGACAUCGGACGUACUCGUGAAAAUCGCUCUGAAUCCAGACGAGACCUGCAAAUUUGGAGAGUUGAACCUGAGGGUUGGUGACCGAGUCACGCCUAGGGAAACGGAAAAAUGCAUAGAAUGCAAGUGCGAGGUUCCACCCUUCGUGACAUGCCAUCAGAAAACGUACGAAGAGUGCAGCUAGGCCGUAAAUAUUUAAAAAUAUCAAUCAAGCUCCGACGCUGACGCUGAUGAAAAUAUCUGACCUACGAUUCAUCGGUACGUGGAAAAGGAACGAAUAUUACGAUUGGCGGAUGGUGAAAGAAAUAUUUCAGCCUUGGUUAUUUUGUCUGAAGUCUUUCGUAAUUUCUGUUGUUGGUACAAAAAAAAAAAGAGUUUGAAUAAGAAUGAUUUUCGAUAUGCAUGUGUUUUGUGUGUAUAGUGUAAAUUCAGUUAUAGUAUUCAGUUGUAUUUAUUAUGACGUACAAACGAGAAAGUUCGUUUUAUUUGAGAAGCUAUAACGAAUGUUUGUAAUUCGUUAUGCAUUAGCCAAAUGAGAAAAUAUGAGAAAUUAAGUGAA